AUAUUAUUGUUGCCGCCGAUGUUAAGAAGUGCACUACGGCGAAGCGGCUUCAGCAGCUUCGCUCCUGCCGACUAUGUCAACAUUAUGAAAGAUGAAACUGCAACUGAAGAUAACAACGCAAAAUUGUCGCAAUGUUGGUCAUCUGUUCCAUGCAUUGGAAGUGACUUACCAAAUAGGCUGGAAAGAGCCUUGAUCGUAAACGAUGAGGCAGGACAGGUUAAUGGGAAACCAGUUUCGUUGUUAAGUAUUUUUAAGGAGGUAGAAGUUUCGAGUGAACUUAUUCCGCCUGUCGGUGCUUCAUCUGGAGGAACAAAGACCCAAACAACAUCUUUUCGUCCCGGUGAACCUACGCUUGCUCCACGUAACAUGCGACUACAGUCUGAAAAUACUUUGAGGAACGUCGUCUCAGAACAGCUGAAGGAAAUAUGUGAUAUGGCAGAAGGUAUAGGCGAACCGGAAUCUGAACACAGUGGGCGUUCCUCGGUAGUAGAACGGCGGUCUCCUUGCACUGGAGAGAGCCAACGUAGUAGACCACAGCUGACUCCACAACCUUCGUCUCCUGCUAAUGAUCGGUUUCGCAGCGGUCAAAUGGGAGGACCGCAACAACUUUCUCCACUUGAAAUCGCGAGACAACGAUUAGCGCAAACUCCGUCAUCUGAGGUUUUUGAAUUUGAUCCUCCUCGUAUAUCCCCAGCAACGGGAUAUCCGAAUUCCUCUCAGUUCCAUUUCCCUGGUGGCGCUCAAAAUCCCUAUAUAUAUGGGAAUGGACAAGCUACUCGCGGUAUGCCGGGUAAUCCGCCUCUUAAAAGGAGGCGAGGUCGAAAAGCGGCAAAUAUUGGUGAUAGAACUGGGGAACAUCCGAGCACUUCUGUUGAUCCAUUGACUGGCCUUGUUACAAGUAACGGUGCAGCUCGUCGUCCGAGAGGCAUGCUCUUGUUCACUAUUGAUGCUCAUUCUUUUAUUUUACUCUUAGCAGCCUCUCAGACUCAUACGCACCAAUUUCCUGGGGCCCUUGAUCGGCCAGUGUUACAACGUUCUUAUUCUGAAAUGCCUUAUACGACACAUUCCCCGCAAGCAGCUAUGAUAACAAGUGUUAGUCGUAUGAACACAGUAUCUGGAGGAGAAGGUUUGGAUGGUUCUUCAGACGAUGAGAUAACGUCUCCGUCUUCUGCGCAAUCCUCACAAGGCUUAACGUUAAGUAACCUUGCUAUCCCAACCACAUCUCAGCAUUCUAAUAACACCACACCUCUGGCUUAUCCGUCCCCCUCGCAGUAUAACAAGUUUUCUGCAACCGCUGGCUCCACUGGUUGGAAAUUUGAUUUGUGUACUCGUUUUUGUCAAAUUUUAUCCUUUUUCAGUGCUGGAAGUACGGGUUCGAACACGCCUAUUGCGGCCUCACCGUCUCCUUCACUAACUCCUGCUCCUUUAGUGCCCUCAACUCCCAAAAAUGAACCGGGUAUUCUUAAACCAAGAAAGUCACCAAAAAGCCUUGAAGCAGUUGUGGGGAAACUGCAUAGCAAAUCUUCACCAAGUGUAUCAGCUCCAGUUAAUCCUUAUGCGAAAUCCGACCUUUAUGAUGAUGAAGCGGAAUCUCCUGUAGUUAGCGAUUCGUCUGUUAAAAAUGAGCCUAACUCAAAACCUGAAAUGAGCGUUAAAUUAGAGUCUCAUCAUUCCAAACGAGAAAGCCCUCCAGCACCGCCUGCAAAUUCGACAUCUCCGAGCUCAAGAAGUACCCCUGGGAACGAACAGCCGCAGUCAGAUUUAAAGAUUAUUCUCAAAGUAAAGCAACAAGCAUCAUCGCGUUCUUCUACACCGUCUCAAUACACGUCGAAUAUAUCGCCACCGCCUUCUCGUCUUGUUGGGCAGCCACCAUCGUCUUCUCGUUCCAAGGAAGAAAAAGCAAUUGCGCGUCAAAAGCAAGCUCGCCUGAAUGCAAGGCGAGAGGAAGACAGGAUGAGAAGGGCGGUGAAACGAGAUAAGAAGGAGAAGUUGGAAGGUUUAAGCAGUAAUAAGAAAUUGAAGCUUGAAAGGAUUUCCGCACAAGAAAAAAAGGCAACUGCAUCUGUUCGCGCUGAAUUCCCAGCAACACUGAACUUUGCCAGUUUGAAGAACUUUAAAAUCCCAAAGGUGAUUGAGAACGAAAAGAAUGAUUCUACACAGCAGUCAAAUAACAACACUAACUCAGCAGCAACUACAGGAACUUCGGCUAGCACAUCAACGUCUACUGUUCAGAAUGUUUCUACACAACCACCUCCACAUGUUCUAAAACCUGCAAAGCCAAUUUUAAGGAAUCAGUCUGACCAACCACAACCUCCUAUACCAUUUCGCAUGGGCAUACCUCCAAUGGCACCGGCAAGAAAAUCACUCUUACCACUUCCCGAUCAUCCUCGAGGGGUGCAAUAUCAGCCUCGUCCAAUGGGAGGUUUGCCUUUUAAUAGGCAUUUGCAAGGCGGUCCUCAGCCACCACCUCCGUCCGCUGGCCGUUGGUUAGCUUUAUCAUCAGUGCCACAGAAGCAUAAUACUAGCUCGAGGAGUCCCAAUUUGGAGCCCAAUCUCAGUAACAACAGCAGCAAUGACAGAUCAAACGAGAUUAACAUCUCAAAAUCAGCUGACAGUCCAAUAGAUGGACUUAAGAUUGUUGCAGAUGAGGAUUAA